AAGGGGCCCGGGGGUGGCCGUGGGGACAGCGAUGCCGAGCUCGUGGGUGCUGGUGCUGGCGGUGCUGGGGGGGGCCUGCGCCCUCCCCGCCCCGGCGUCCCUCUCCUACACCGAGGCGCUGGCGCAGGCCGUGGAUGCCUACAACGAGCAGCCCGAGGUGCAGAACACCUUCAGGCUGCUCAGCGCGGAGCCCGAGCCUGGCCCGGACGUGGAGCUGAGCUCGCUGCGGAGACUCAACUUCAGCAUGAUGGAGACGGACUGCGCCGCCAGCGCCCGCGCCAACCCCGACGACUGCGACUUCAAGGAGAACGGGGUCAUCAAGGAGUGCUCGGGGUCGGUGCUGUUCCGGCAGGACUCCCCCGAGAUCGACCUGGGCUGCUCCGACGCCUCCUCCGACCCGGUUCUGAUCCAGCGCGGCCGCUUCGGGCGCUUCCUGAGGAAGGUCCGGCGCUUCCGGCCCAGGGUCAAGUUCGACGUCCGCCUGAAGGGCUCCGUGGGGCUGGGCUGAGCAAUAAAGGAGCCACCGGGAGUGGCCGUGCGGGCA